AUGGAACUUGUGAGAGAAGAAGAGCUAGAUAAUUCUAUUCAGAUUGUGUAUUUGCCACACUACCCGGUUUUGAGAGAAAGUAGUUCUACUAGUAAACUAAGAGUUGUAUUUAAUGCAUCAAGUUUGACUUCUAACAAUAUUUUCUUAAAUUCACAUUUUCAUAUUGGUCCAAAGAUUCUAAAUGAUUUAGUCUGUAUUAUAUUGAACUGGAGAUUGCCUCGUUUUGUUUACAUGCCUGAUAUAGAAAAAAUAAUUAGAAAUUUUUUUGUAGAUGCUCGUGAUUGCACUUCUCAAAGAAUUUUAUGGGGCUCAUCUGAUAACAAUGUGGUGGCCUAUCUACUUUUGACUCUCACUUAUGGCACUGCCUGUGCUUCUUACUUGGCUAAUAAAAUAAUUAAGCAAUUAACUCAUGAUGAAGGCAAUAAGUUUACUUUAAAUAAAAGUAUCCUGGAAAGGAAUAUCUACGUCGAUGAUAUUAUGUUUGGUGCGGAUACUAAAGUGCAAGCCAAGCAGAAGCGACAGAAAGUAUCUCAAUUGAUGGAAGCUGGUGGUUUCCACUUGCGAAAAUGGGCGUUUGAUGAUUUCGAAUUAUUAGAAGAUUGUCCUUCUGGAAAGUAUGAAAGGACUAUAGAGUUUUUGUUAUCUGAAGAUGCUAAGUUCAAAGUUUUAAGCUUAUUUUGGGAUCCUGAAUCUCACUCGUUUCAUAUUAAGGUAACUCCCCCUUCAGUGGAGACUCCAACUAAGAGGAUCGUUCUUUCCUUAAUAGCUGAAUUAUUUGAUCCGAUGGGUUGGUUAACUCCAGUAAUACAAGUGGAUAAGUUAUUGAUGGAGGAGGUUUGGAUACGGAAGCUUGAUUAA